AUGACAACAACAACAAAUAAUAAUACAACAUAUAAACUUUCAAAAUCAUUACAUGGACAUUCAAAAGAUGUUAGAAGUGUUUGUGUACUUUCAGAUGGUAGAAUAGUUACAGGUUCAAGAGAUCAUUCAAUUAGAGUUUGGGAUCCAUCAAAUAAUUAUUCAAGUAUAGAAUUACAUGGUCACACUCAUUUCGUUGGCACAGUUGUAUCAUUACCACCAUCAUUAUUAUUAGCUGAACGUGCAUUAGCAUCUGGUGGUAAUGAUAAAGUUAUUUGUGUUUGGGAAAAAUCAGCUUUUCCAAGAGAUUCAUCAAAUAAUAAUAAUAAUAAUAAUAAUAAUAAUAAUAAUAAUAACAACAAUAAUAACAAUAAUAAUAAUAAUAGUAGUAAAAAAGGUAAUGAAGGUGGUGCACCAUCAUUAAUGUUAUUAGGACAUAAUGAUUCAGUUUCAACACUUGGUGUAACAAAUGAUGGUUUGAUUAUCUCUGGUAGUUGGGAUAAAACAAUUAAAGUUUGGGAAAAUGGUGAAUGUUUAACAACAUUAUCAGGACAUGAAGCAUCAAUUUGGUCAGUUAUUGGAUUACAAAAUGGAAAUAUAGUAUCAGCAAGUGCAGAUAAAACUAUAAAGAUUUGGGAACAAAAUGGUAAAGGAAAUUAUUCAGUGAUAAAGACAUUGAAAAAACAUAAGGAUUGUGUUAGAGGAUUGGCAGUUAUUCCAGAUUUAGGGUUUGCAAGUUGUAGUAAUGAUGGUACCGUUUUCAUUUGGACAAUCGAUGGUGAAUUGGUUCAAGAGUUGUCAGGUCAUAGUUCAUUUGUUUAUGCCGUUAUCAAUAUUCCAAACUUUGGGUUUGCUUCAGUUGGUGAGGAUAGAACUUUACGUAUUUGGAGAGACGGUGAGAAUGUUCAAACCUUGACUCAUCCAUCUGGAGUUUGGGAUUUAUCAUACUCACCCAAUGGCGAUAUUAUCACUGGCUGUGCAGAUGGUGUUGGUUAUGUUUGGACUAGAAAUGAAAAAAGAUUUGCAACUCAAGAGGAGGUACAACAAUAUCAAGAUAAUUUAGCAGCUCAAACUAUUAUGUCUGAUAAUGUUGGUGAUAUUAAAAUGAAUGAAUUACAAGACGUCAAUGAAGCAUUGAUUGCCGAUGGCACUAAAGAUGGUGAAUUAAAGGUUGUAAAGAAUGGUAAAAUCGCUGAAGCUCAUCAAUGGAGUGCAUCUGAAGCUAAAUGGAUUAAAAUCGGUGAGGUUGUAGAUGCUAAUGCUGCCAGUAGAAAUAGUUCAAAAGGUGUACUCAAUGGUAGAGAGUAUGAUUAUAUUUUCGAUGUUGAUGUUGGUGAUGGUGUAAUGUACAAAAUUGGUUACGAUCUCACUGAAAAUCCUUACACUGUCGCUCAAGAUUUUAUCUUAAAAAAUGAUUUAGGUCAAGAAUUCCUUGAUCAAGUCGCUCAAUUCAUAAUUAAAAAUUCUGGUCAAGAUACAAUGACUUUUGAAGCAACUCCAAAUCAAGGUGACCCAUUAACUGGUUCAAGUAGAUAUAUUCCAGGUAGUUCAAAUAACAAUAAUAAUAAUAAUAACUAUAGUUCACCAAGUGAUUCAUUUACAGUUCCAAGUAGAUAUAUUCCAGAUAGUUCAAAUAAUAAUAAUAAUAAUAAUAACAAUAACAAUAAUAAUAAUAAUAAUAAUAAUAAUAAUAAUAAUAAUAAUAAUAAUAAUAAUAAUAGAGAUUUUAAUAUUAAACCAACAUCAUUAAUUCCACAAGCAACUUAUACAUUAUUUGAACAAGCAAAUAGUGAAUCAUUAUUAGUUAAAGCAUUAGAAUUUAAUGAUCAACUUUCAUCAAAUGCAAAUACAAAAUCAAUUUCAUUGGAUGAAGAUGAACAAGAGAUUUCAUUGUUUAAGGGAAUUUUAGCAACACUCAGAGAGACAUCACGUUAUCAUUCCUCAUCGUUUAGUGAUAAUCAAUAUAAAGUUAUUUUCAAAAUGUUAACUUGGCCAGCUGAUAAAGUUUAUACGAUCCUUGAUGUUAUUCGUGUUAUGGUUCUACAUCCUGGUGCUUCAAAGACCUUUGAAUCUAUGGUCAUCGAGAAUAGAGCUUCAUCAAGAUAUAAUCUAUUGGUUAUUCUCUUUAAAAUUGUACAAGAAUCCACCGUUAUGAAUAAUCAAAUGUUGGCUUUGAAAAUCUUUUCAAAUAUGUUCCGUCAUGAACCACUUCGUACUUUAUUAACUCAAAGAUUAUUCUCAAAUCCACAAAUUUUAGAAUCAAUUAAAUCAAUCUAUCAAAAACUUUCACCAAAUUCAAACAAAUCUUAUUCAACUGCUUUAUCAACAUUUUUAUUAAAUAUUUCAGUUUAUUCUCAAUAUAAUCAAAUAAAUACAGAGAUUGUUAAUAAGUAUGUUGAAUGUAUGUCAUUAGUAAUUUCAACAGAAUCUGAUCCAGAUUUAAUAAUGAGAUGUAUUUGUGGUUUAGGUACAAUUUUAAUGACCUAUAAAGAUUAUAGACCAUCAGGCUCAAUCAGUACAUCCGUUAAAAACUCAAUUUCAAAAGUUACCUUUAGUGAUAAGUUUACCGACUCUGUCAAUCUCUUAACAAAAUUAUUAUAA